AUGGCAAACAAUAUGCAAGGAGAUAUAAAAAAUUUAGACCUUGGGCCUGAAUUUAAAAAUUGUAAGUGUUUGAAUUUAUGUGAGUUACAACUCAUUUUGGGUGAUCAACUUCGAUUAACUUCUAAAAGAAAUGAAGAAGCUCAAGCAUUAAUCAAAUCUUCUUUCGAUUAUGCAAAUAAAUUUGCUACAAUAAAAAAUAGAAGUUCAAUUGUAGAUAUUAGAACAAAUUUAGAAAGAAUUGGAGAUUUACAUGAAUAUGAAAUAGCUAUGUUAGUUAAUUUGUUACCUAAAACAAUAUUAGAAGCUAGAUAUUUUAUUCCUUCUUUAAUUAGAUUAAAUGAUGAUACAUUAAAUUCUAUUUUAGAACAUCUCAUUAGUUAUAAAAUGUAUGUUUCUUAA